ACUUUUGCAAUGUAAUUUCCUAUAACAAAAACAUCAAACGUUAAAUUUAUAUUAGAUUUAGGGUUUGAAGGUAAUCAAAUCCAUGCUCCUUUUGUUCAUUGUAGAAUUCGACCACUGCCACAGCCCACAGGAAAGGAAGCUGAAAUGGGAAGCUGUAGUGUGGGAAAGGAAAGGCUUGAGAUGUUCGAAGUUGGACCAUGCAAAGAUGCAUACGAAAUGGGUCUCUUAAUUGGCCAAAGGUUCUCAGAACUGAUAAGGAGUAGGGUGGCUAAAGACCUCAUUCUUCAAAAUCAGCUGCGACCAUUUGCAGAUACCCCUCAAUCUGAAUCACUUCUCAAAGCACUCUUUGAUAAUAAUCAAAGGAAAUUCCCACGGUAUUGGGAUGAGCUCUUGGGGACUGCAGCUGGAAGUGGUGUACCUCUUCUUGAUAUUUUACUUAUCAACUUCAGGAAGGAGAUUCUUGCAUUUAUUCCCAAAGAAAGAGCACCUAAAAGUUCCAACGAGGAUACCUUAGAUGACUGCUCUGAUGUUCUUGUUGUUGGUGAAUCUAUGGCCAUUGCAGCGCACAACGAAGAUGCAAAUGUUGCCCUUGUUGGCCACACCUACUUAAUCAAAGGAAUCAUGCCGGACGGACUGUUCUUUGUAGGUUAUACAUAUGCUGGGGAGCUUCCAACUUGCGCGUUUGGGUUCAAUAGCCAUGGACUGGCAUUCACUUUGGACUCUGUACCCCCGGCUGUAGAUGAGAUUGUGGCAGGUGGUAUUGGGCGCAACUUCAUUUCCCGAGACAUUCUUGAAGCUACAAGCAUAGAUGAUGCAAUGAAUAGGAUCCAUUCAGCAGAAGUUUCUGUGGGGCAUUCUUAUAACCUAAUUGAAACAAGUACCCGCAGGAUUUGCAAUGUUGAAACCGCAUCUAGGAAGCGGAUUUCAGUUUAUGAGGUGGGGAAAACACCUUUCUUCCAUGCAAACAUGUACCUCCACCUAAAUAUUAAUCAGGUACAAGAUGAAAAUUCAAUUGCCAGGCAGAAAAGGGCAGCUGUCCUAAAGAAAAUAUCAAAAGAGGAUUUCUUGUCACUUCUAGGAGAUAUGGAUGAUGAAAAUUACCCCAUAUACAUGACUGGUCCAUUACUCCACACGCUCUGUACAGCUGUAUUCGAUCUAGAUGAACAAACACUAUCAAUUAUUUCAGGGAAUCCAAAAAGUGGAGAUGUUUCACAUAUUUUCUCUACUUCACCAAACGAGCUCAGGGCAGCCAUGACAAGCACUCUAAAGCGGCCUAAAUAUGAAUAGAGUUGCAAGAGGAGUUCCUAUAUUAUGUUGGUUCAUACCCAUGAUAUGCUGGUUGUUUACCAUUUGGGUGUAUUUGUGUGUAUUUUUUGUGCAUUCAAAACUAUUUUUCAUUGUGGGUGUUUAGUUCUGUGCUUUGGUCUUCGCAAAAUUACCUUUAUAUCUUCUUAUUUUUUUAAUGAGUACUGCA